CCUCCCCUAACUAGACAGCUGCAGUGGUGUGAGCGCUCCUUCGUGGUGGAAAGCUGAGGAGAUGUGGGGGAAAUUCUGCUCUGAGGUUGUCUGGUAGGUCUAAUCUAUGAAUUGGAAGGGCUGACAUCAUAGACAUUUCUGUUCCACAAUAGACUUUUUAUUUAAAUUGGAAGCGGGGUUUAGGCUAGAUCACAGCAAAGAAGAAGAAAGACCAAGAACAUCAUCAUCUUCUUUUCACCGACAACAUCAUGAAGACUCUUUGCUUGACUCUGGGGCUGCUGCUGCUCAAUGUCUGCUGCUGCAACACCAUGCCUAAAGCGUUGCAGUUCACCAUGACACCUGGAUACUGCUGCUUCAGCUUCCUCAAUCGCAGUUUACCACCAGCGCGUGUCACCAGCAUAACUGAGACCCACCGCUCCUGUCCACAGCAGGCAUUCAUAGUCCAAACUAUUAAAGGGAAACAGAUAUGCUACAGACAAACUUUCCCAUGGGCUAUACAUGUCUACAACCUGCUCCACAACACUGAGGGCAGCGGUCAACAGCACUGAAGUUGUAUUAUUGUCUACUGCUCUGAUAAAACAAUGCCUGGUUUUGCAGGUUUAAAUGAAUAAAUAUUUGAAUUUUGAUUAAAAAAAAUUAUAGCUGUAAA